AUGUAUAUCAAAAGCUUAAAUACUCGUUUUGCUAACAUUUUAUAUUUGGAAUGGGAACUACCAAUUAUUGCAGCAGUUCUUCUUUCUAAAUUUAAAUUAAAAUGGUAUAACGUAAUAAAAAAUCCCAAAAAAUCUUUGGAAGAUUUUAAAAAAUGUAUUAUAAAUGUUAAGAAAAAACACAUGAAAAUUGAAGCUUACAACGAAUCAGAUGAAAUCGGGGAUCAGAAUUUGGAUGAUUUUUUUGAUUUUACUGAUUCCCAAGAUCACCAAGUAGACAAUGACAAUACUAGGAUACAUAACGAACAGGGUACCAGCUCCAAUAGCAAUAUAACUGCAAAAAUUAAAUUGGAAUUGUUAAGAUAUUUAGAGGAUGAGAGAACCAAUUUACAAGUCUUAAAUGAGUAUCCCCAUUAA